AAAAUUUCUUUUAGAUCAUUGAUCAGGAAUUAGUGAACUUUACAAAACAGAAUUCAAUCAUGAAAUUAUUUAUGGCGUUGUGCUUCUUGGUUGUGCCUGCUUGUAUAGUUGGUCAAACCACAACAUAUACCGAUAUCGUUGCCGGGCUGACGGCCAAAGGCCACUACACGACAUUCCUAGACCUACUCAACACGACUGGUUUCAUAUCAAGGAUCAACUCAUCAUCACACUUUACUGUUUUCGCACCCACCGACGACGCCUUUGCCAAGCUCCCCUCUGACGCACUCGACCAAAUCAAGAACGACCCUGCACGUCUGAAUGAGGUGGUGGGGUACCACGUGACGUUCAAUACCUUCUACGUGCAUGGCACCCAGCAAGACGUGGUUUUAAAAUCCUCCAACAACCUGCCCAUAAGGAUAAACACCUACAGUAUACUGCAUACAGUGACAGCAGAUGGAGUGAGAAUCAUAGAGCCCAACAUCACCUUUACGCGAGGUUAUGUGCACGGGCUGGAGGCUGUACUCACCCCACCGAGGAAAACAGUCAUGCAGUACAUCCUGAACAGGACCGACAUCAGCACGUUCACGUCCUGGGUAGUCGACAGCAACCUGAUCAACUUCAUCACAGAUGAUGAUGAUGUGACUGUCUUUAUACCAAACAACGCCGCCUUCCAAAAACUCAGCGCCGAGACACACACCUACCUCAACAGCCAUCCCUCCGUUAUUCAAGAAAUUUUGAGGUACCAUAUCGUAAGCACGAUGACCGUAUUCAGCGCAGGCAUGAAGGAUUCCCUGACCUUGACUUCAGCCGACGCCCACCAUGACGAACUGAUGGUUCUCGGAGAGAUUCACGUGCGUGACGUUUCUACUCAACCCACUUAUUGUUACCUACAGGGCGGCCUUCAAGUGAACCACGCCAAGAUUGUAGAGAAAGAUAUCUCCACACUUGAUGGUGUCAUACAUAUCAUCGAUAGUGUCUUGAUCCCAUACCGAACGCUGGUCAGUAUUGCUGAUCAGGGCAUUGUUGUUGGUUGAUUACAAAGGUUCAGUGAUCAAUUUGUAAGAUCGAUGAAUGUAUUCACAUUUAGAAUUUUGUUACCUUUAAAUAUAAAAUAAAGCUGGAUUUAUUGA